AUGCCCACCGUGGAUGACGUUCUGGAACAGGUUGGGGAGUUUGGCUGGUUCCAGAAGCAAGCCUUCCUGACCCUGUGCCUGCUCUCAGCUUCCUUCGCCCCCAUCUACGUGGGCAUCGUCUUCCUGGGCUUCACCCCGGACCACCGCUGCCUGAGCCCCGGCGUGGCCGAGCUGAGCCGGCGGUGCGGGUGGAGCCUGGCGGAGGAGCUGAACUUCACGGUGCCGGGCCCGGGGCCGGAGGGCGAGGCCUUCCCCCGCCAGUGCCGCAGCUACCAGGUGGACUGGAACCAGAGCGCCCUGGGCUGCGUGGACCCGCUGGCCAGUCUGGCCUCCAACAGGAGCCACCUGCCACUGGGCCCCUGUCUGCACGGAUGGGUGUACGACACGCCUGGUUCCUCCAUCGUGACCGAGUUUAACCUGGUCUGUGAGAACUCCUGGAAGGUGGACGUCUUUCAGUCCUGUGUGAACGUGGGCUUCUUCCUAGGCUCUCUGGGCGUCGGCUACAUUGCAGACAGGUUCGGCCGUAAAUUAUGUGUCCUGGCCACCACCCUCAUCAGUGCCAUCUCAGGCGUCCUCAUGGCCGUCGCGCCUGACUACACAUCCCUGCUGCUCUUCCGCCUGCUGCAGGGGCUUGUCAGCAAGGGCAGCUGGACGGCUGGCUACACCUUGACCACAGAGUUUGUGGGCCUGGGCUACAGAAGAACGGUGGCGAUCCUCUACCAGAUGGCCUUCACGGCGGGUCUCGUGCUGUUCUGCGGGGUGGCCUACGCCAUCCCCCACUGGCGGGGGCUGCAGCUGGCCGUCUCUGUGCCCACCUUCCUCUUCCUGUUCUACUACUGGUGUGUGCCCGAGUCUCCCCGAUGGCUGUUAUCGCAAAAGAAAAACUCUCAAGCAAUAAAGAUAAUGGACCAUAUUGCCCAAAAGAAUGGCAAGCUGCCUCCUGCUGAUCUAAAGAUGCUCUCUCUCGAAGAGGAUGUCACCGAAAAGCUGAGCCCUUCGUUUGCAGACCUGUUCCGCACACCGCACCUGAGAAAGCACACCUGCAUCCUGAUGUACCUGUGGUUCACCAGCUCCGUGCUCUACCAAGGCCUCAUCAUGCACAUGGGUGCCACAGGUGGGAACCUCUACCUGGAUUUCUUCUACUCCGCCCUGGUGGAAUUCCCAGCAGCCUUCAUCAUCAUCCUCACCAUUGACCGCGUUGGCCGCCUCUACCCGUUGGCUGUGUCAAAUCUGGUGGCAGGGGCAGCCUGCUUCACUAUGGUUUUCAUCUCACAUGAUCUACACUGGUUAAGCAUGGUAGUAGCUUGUGUUGGCCGGAUGGGAAUCACCAUCGUGUUCCAAAUGGUGUGUCUGGUGAAUGCUGAGCUGUAUCCUACGUUCGUCAGGAACCUUGGAGUGAUGGUAUGUUCCUCUCUGUGUGAUUUGGGUGGCAUUAUCACCCCCUUCUUGGUCUUCAGGCUGGUGGAGGUUUGGCAAGGCUUGCCCCUCAUUUUGUUUGCGGUGCUGAGCCUGGUUGCUGGGGGAAUGACGCUGCUCCUUCCGGAGACCAAGGGGGUUGCGUUGCCAGAGACCAUUGAGGAGGCAGAGAACCUGCGGAGGAAAGCGAAGCCCAAAGAAAAGAAGAUUUACCUUCAGGUUCAGACAUCAGAAGUACAGACACCUGAGAGAGACACUUCCCAGGGGGCUGAAGGGCAGAGAUGA